AUGAAGCUUCUCGUGUUGGAGCUUAUACUUGCGGCCACCGCCGUCGGCUCUCUCGCAACCAAGAGUCCCUGGAAAGUUUCAGUCAGACAACUGUCAUCCAGCGCCAUGCAACAAAACAUCGGUUUGCAGAAUAAUACAGACGGCAACAUGGGAUGGGAGGACAUUGUCAAACGAAAACGCGCAGAGAGGGACGCCCUAUUGCCCCAGGAAUGGAAACUCAAAGCUCCUCCUAAUACGACCGCAUUCAGCCCUCUCAAUCAAGUCAUCAACAGCGGCCUGCUUUCGUCGGAAGAGCUUGAAUGGACCGACACCAAAAAAUACGACGCUACGACAAUGCUGCAGCGGCUCUCCUCUGGCGAAAUCACCGCAGAGAAGCUGGUCACGGCAUUUUGUAAGCGCGCCACAGCAGCUACCUCGCUUGCGAACUUCCUGACCGAAGUGAACAUUGCCGACGCAAUCAACCGUGCAAAGGAACUUGACCGUAUUCUCAACGAGACGGGGAAAACUGUCGGCCCCCUUCACGGACUGCCCAUGACAAUUAAAGAUACCGAGGAUCUUAAAGGGUUCGAUACUUCAUGCGGUAUCACUGGCUGGGCCUUUGAUCCACGUGAAUCAAACGGGCCUCUUAUACAGAUCCUGAUUGAUGCCGGAGCUGUAAUCAUUGGCAAGACAAAUAUUCCGCAGACAGUCCUGGCGGCUGACUCGGACAGCGUCGUCUGGGGAAGGACGUUGAAUGCUCACAGAAACACCUUUGGCGCCGGAGGCUCAACCGGAGGAGAGGGCUCUGCCCUUGGCACUGGCUCUACACUCCUGGGAGUUGCGUCUGACGGUGCCGGUUCUUCGAGGAUGCCCGCCAUGGCAAAUGGAGUUGUCGGCUAUCGACCCAGCGGCUACCGUCUUCCCCCAGGUGGCCGUGAGGUCUUCACAGACGGAAGAUCAGGCCUUUCCAUGACCGGUCCCGUCGCCGGAAUGGGCCUCAUGGGCCACUCUGUCCGAGACAUUCGACUCGCGGCCAAGGUAGUGUCUGAUGCCAAACCCUGGGAGGCACAGACGCCAUUCAUGUACCCAAGCCCAUGGAUGAACAUCACAGCGCCCGAAAAACCUCGCAUCGGCGUAUGGAACGUGGAGAGCCCCAACACCUACCUGCAUCUCUUCCCGCCAGUGCUGCGCGGAUACCAGACGGCCCAAAGUCGUCUGCGCGCGGCGGGCUUCGAGCUGGUCGAGUUCACUCCCCCGGACAUGAGCCAAGUAUGGGAUCUAUGCAAGGAGUUUCUCAUCUUCCAGGGCAUCGAGACAUUGACUGAAAUGAUCUCCAGAGAGCCCAUCACCAAGAUUGUGAGGGACACGGGCAUCUUUGUCCCUGAUACGCCGCGGUUCCCCGUCAGUGUGGACACAUUAUACCAGCUCAACACCCGGCUUGUCAAUCUGACUGUGGCCAUGGACACGGCGUGGAAUAGUAGCGGGAGGCCUCUCGACGCGCUGCUCUCCGUCACGGCGGCCAACACGGCGCUUCCGUGGGACACGUGGCACGACACGACGUACACGUCUAUUUACAACUCGGUUGACUGGCCGGCCAUUUCACUCCCGCUGGGUCUCACUGUGGAUAAGAAUAUCGACCACAAGUAUAGUGACUUUAGGCCAUUUAGCAAGGAAGAUGCGAGGUUGGAGGCAUUGUAUAAUCCCGAGACGUUUCACGGCUUACCGCUAUCGGUGCAGCUUGCCGGGAGGAAAUUUGAGGAUGAGAAACUGCUGGCCAUUGCUGAGCUUUUGCAUCCCGUAAUGAAGGGCGAGUAA